GUCAGUGGUCUGAGAUCUGGCCGAAACUCCCGCGCCACGAUAGAUUUGUUUUGGGGGGGUGGGGGGCGGCCGCGGGGGGCUAAUGUUUAGCGGGGUCUCGUACUUAUCAUGCCCCAACGGGGUUCAGCGACUGCGGGGAUAGAUGCAUGGUGAUACCUAGGUGCCCAGUAGCAGGGUGUUGAUCAGGGAUGAUUAAUGUUCAUGGGAUAGAUGGGAAACCGAAUGCGUCUUGUUGAAGAUCUUGUAUCGCCAUGUUCGUUUGCUGCGUUGGCGUCGAGCAGCUCAAGGGUGUUGCCUAUCCGGUCAUGUGACCAGUCUGGGCAUCCAUCCAUCCCAGGGCUCAAAGCGUAUCCAUCCAUCCAGCCCCUUGACAGCAAACUAGUAUAUAGCUUCUCCUCUUGAAAAUGGGGACGGGGUGGGUGAUGUAGCCCGCCGUCAAGCUACAGGCUACGUGUUCUUACUCCCAUUUUUUUGGAAUCCUUUUUAGGCUUUAUGCGGGCUACGAAACCAAGGGAUUGCGGUACCCUUGGCUGGCUUAUUUCUACCUUGUUGAUAGGCAGGAUUCAGAUUUUUCCAAGCUGGCUUGAACCGAACGACAUUCUCGCAGAAAAAUAAUAUUUUUAUUUAUUCUCACUGGCGGCUUUGGCGGACCAAUUAUCGACACACCUCAUAUGCUCGUACCCUCGUGGAGCUUUCGGACACAUCUCGGUGACAUACAUACAGCGUAGUACUCGGUAGCGUUUCAGGAGGCGACUAUUAAAAGCCCUUAGUCUUUUUAAGGUUCAAAAAGUGUCAUUAGCAGAUUAACGCUGCUGAUUCUACGCAUCGUAAGCCCACUCCAAACUAAGCACCAAACAUAUUAGUUCCCUAAGUUUGGGGGAUACUAUAUUAAGACAUUUCGAGCUUACUUGGUCAUUUUAACUAGCGCUCAGCUCAAACUUCCCUUGGGGGUGGUUUUGCGGUUUAACUAAGAAUAGCCUAACCACCACGGGAGAUCACUCAAAGGUAGUCCUUUUGGGGAGGAGACGAUAAGAAGUUGCCAAUCUGUCGAAUUCGAGAUGUUCAACGUGUUCUCACCGAGUUCGCUAUCUCGUCUAGAUAUAGCAUGGAACAUCCGCUCCUCGAAGGGGAUGAAUCUGAUUCAGAAUUUUCCCAGCAGUUAAUACUUAUCAGCCAGCCGACCUGGAUCGGGGAAAUUUUAGAGAGAGAGCGCUUCAAGUCCCCAAACCAAACCCUAUUUGAUAAUCUGACUGCUCGAAUUCAAGAUGGAACAUAACUCGGAAAAUACGCCGCUUCUCGUCGAUGCCAAUGCUGAGUCUCCAGAUGCAAACACACAAACCAACAUUCCGUUGAUGCGCAACUCGACUGCGGAAGCCUUUCACAUGACAUUGGCUCUAACAUGGCUUUCUCUCGCUCUCUCGGUGUUGGCUUUCGCCUUCACAUUUACCGUUUUACUAGGGAUCCACGCCUUCUGGCGUGACUCUCAUAUAGACUGGACAGUCAGAGAAAGUUGCGCUUGGAUGAUGAUACUGGGCAUAUGCACGGCUUUGAUCAGCUUCUUCAAUUUAGUCUGCUUGUAUCUGCGCCGGGGGAGAGCGAUGCCACUGGUUUUUAACUUAGUUAUCGACAUCAUUGUUGUUUUCUACUCCUUUGGCUGUACCAUCACGGGCUUGAUAGAAAACUACUCAUGGUGUGAAUGGGACUGCGAUGACAGCAACACGAGAAUGAUCCAAAUAGUGGCUGGAAUUGGCCUAAGCUUCGGGUUGGGAUUGGGGAUCACCCAUUUGGUUCUAUUCUUGAUGCGAUGUACGCGUACAAUCCGUUGGUUAAUUGAGUGGAGACGAAACGGUUCAAUGCCAUCUUUUCAAAUACCCACCGGGCAGUUCACAGUGGAAAUCACAUUCAGAUUAUUAAGGCAGGAUAAUGCUAAUGUACUCGAAUCCACGAACAGAGGGACAAGAUCCGAAAAUAUUACGGCAGAGGCGAACCGGGAGCUCAUAUAAUUAGCAUCUUGAAGGCAGUAUAUAUUCAACCUUAACCCCCUACUGCUUGGUUAUUAUUAUAACACUUGGUCAUCAAACGUAGGAUAGAAAAAGAGUUGCUGGUUCAGGCAGAGCAAUGGUUAACGCUAUUUGCUUUUUCUCGCCAGAUAAUAUAAUAAAAGGCCACUGCGCCAGAAAAAAUCUUGUCUUCUCUCCUCUUUCCGUGCUCUCUGAUAGAAGGCUAAUGGCAUUGCACCGCCCGUUGACCAGGCGGCAUUGGAGAAGGAGCAGGGACAGUGAGCAAUCGGUUUGAAAUGCUGCAAUCCCUUCAAAUUGAAACGUUAAUGUACUGCAAAAUGAGAUUUUUGAUAUCAUCGAUAGAGAGAAACAUAAGUUCCAGGCCAUAACUAUAACACUCUCAUCGUUUUGAAAACUAUUAAAUACAAUACAAAUGAGGCAAUGAGAUCAUCAUUCGAGUUCGAGUAGGACUGGCGGUAUCAUGUGAUUAUUCCCAAAUGAGCCCCGCGCG